AUGGCCCCUAAGAACCGCGUUAUCAUCGACACCGACCCAGGCAUCGACGAUGUCCUCGCCAUGCUUCUGGCCCUCGCGGCUUCACCCGAGGAGUUGGAGGUCAUGAUGAUUUCAGUCACAUACGGCAACGUGCCUCUGCAGAGUUGUCUGCGCAACGCGGUUGCCCUGUUCCAUGUUCUGGAGAAGGAGUUGGCCUGGCGCAAAGAGAAUGGCAAGGCCGAGGGCUUCGAGUCUUUGAGAGCUUACAAGCCGAUCGUGGCUGUUGGUGCCGAGCAUCCUCUUGAGGAUGACGAGCUUGCUGCCGACUACUUCCACGGCUUGGACGGGUUGCACGGCGUUCACGAGAAGCAUCCUCACCUCACCCCUGACGACAGGUGGAAGGCCCUGUUCCACACGGAGAAGGAUGUUGACCACGACCCGUCUCCUUUCAACCAGUACUUCACACCCGCCAAGCAGGUCGCCCACAAGGAGAUUCUGCGCAUUCUGAGGGAGAAUCCCCCCAACACCAUUUCCAUUGCCGUUGUGGGGCCCAUGACGAACGUCGCCUUGGCUGCUGCUGAGGACCCCGAGACCUUCCUCCGCGUCAAAGAGCUGUGCGUUAUGGGCGGCGCCGUCCAUGUCGAAGGAAACAUCACCCCCGUCGGUGAAUUCAACACCUUUGCCGACACCGUCGCGGCUGCCAGAAUCUUCGCCCUGACUUCCCCUAACCCUCGCUCGACGAUGCCUCCCAUCUCGGAAAAGAAGUCCUCUCUGCCCCCUUACCCGGCCAAGCUCUCCAAGACACUAAAGUUGACCCUGUUCCCUCUCGACAUCACUUGCCCUCACUUGCUCAACAAGAACUUUUUCACCAGCCGUAUCAAGCCCAUCGUGGCAGCCGGCAGCCCUCUCGGCCAGUGGGUCGACCACUUCAUGUCCAAGUGCUUCGAAAAGAUCGAUGAAAUGGAGGGCAACGGCCAGGAGCCUGGUCUCUCUCUGCACGACCCCCUCACCAUCUGGUACCUUCUCACCCAGUCCGACCCCAAGUGGAAGCCCGUUGCAGAGCCAGAGGAUAUCCGCAUCGAGACCUCUGGCCAGUGGACGCGCGGAAUGCACGUCAUCGACCGCAGAGUCAGGGCCAAGUACACCGAGGCGACCCUCGAGAGCGAGAGCACCGGCGACGGUGUUGACGUUCUGACACUGGCCGAGGUGCCGGGCGACUGUGGCGGCUGGCUCAGCUACAGCAGAGGUAACAGAAUCAACAGGAUGGUCGAGUCUCCCGGAGCGGAGCUUUUCUCCCACGAUCUCAUGAAGAGGAUCUUUGGUUGA